AUGCCCGUGACGUACGGUUCAGAGCCGCCGAGAGGCUUGAAUGCCGAAAUGAGGCAUGGGUUUGAGGAGCAGUACAAAAGUGAGCAGUUUCUGCAGACCCUUGCCGAGGAGUUCUACUUUUACUUUGACGAUAAGAGACAUAAGACGAAUGGGAACCCAACUCCCGAAGAGGUGAAACAGAGGGAUGCUGAUGGUUACUACCAACCGAUUACUGACUGGAAAAUCACGAAGGACCGGCAAAAGACUGUGAGUGCUGCACUUCUGUUGUGCUUAAAUCUUGGGGUCGACCCUCCAGACGUAACGAAGACACACCCCUGUGCUAGAGUCGAAGCGUGGGUGGAUCCACUUAAUUUUCAGGACUCCAAGAAGGCCAUUGAACAAAUUGGGAAGAAUUUGCAGUCACAGUACGAAACGUUGUCCUUGAGAACAAGGUAUAAACAAAGUUUGGACCCCUGUGUCGAAGACGUGAAACGGUUUUGCAAUUCUUUGAGAAGAACUUCUAAGAAUGACCAGAUUCUAUUCCAUUACAAUGGUCAUGGUGUACCACAGCCAACUCCCUCUGGUGAGAUAUGGGUUUUCAAUAGAGGGUACACUCAAUAUAUUCCGGUUUCAUUGUACGAUUUACAAACUUGGCUGGGUGCACCUUGCAUAUUUGUUUGGGACUGUAACAGUGCUGGUAAUAUUGUUACAAACUUUCAAAAAUUCAUACAGAAAAGGAUAAAAGACGACGAGGAAGGGAAUCAUGACACUGCAGCACCGUCUCCCACUGCGGCCUAUACAGAAUGUUUCCAAUUGGCAUCCUGCAGGUCUAAUGAAUUGCUGCUCAUGGUCCCCGAACUGCCCGCAGAUUUAUUCACCUGCUGUUUGACUUGUCCUAUAGAGAUAAGUGUCAGGGUAUUUUUAAUGCAGUCAUCGCUGAGACAUACCAAGUACAAGAUAUUCUUUGAAAACUCGAUAUCAGAACGUCAUCCGGACCCUAAAAAUUCUUACAGGGCGAAUGCUCCCAACGUCCAUAUCCCGGGGAUGUUAUCGGACAGGAGAACACCUUUGGGUGAGUUGAAUUGGAUAUUCACGGCGAUAACUGAUACGAUAGCAUGGACAUGCUUACCAAGACCGCUAUUUAAAAAACUUUUCAGGCAUGAUCUGAUGAUUGCUGCCCUAUUCCGUAAUUUUCUUCUGGCCAAAAGAAUAAUGCCGUGGUAUAAUUGUCAUCCAAUAUCAGAUCCAGAAUUACCAGAUAGUAUUAUCACUCAUUCUUUGUGGAAAUCGUGGGACUUCGCUAUGGAUGAGGUAUUGAGUAAGCUGGUUGUUGACCUGAAAAAUGCCCCACCAAGUUCCGAUUUGGAAACACAACUAGUUUUACAGCAACAAGAAGUGCUUCAAAACCAGAAAAGCUCUUCUUUGACAAAGAUGAACGGUAACGACCAACAGCAAGCCCAACAGAAGCCAGGAUCAAUACGACCACAAUCAAAAUUUUCGGCAACAAACUUGAGUACCAUGUCCCUAGCAAACCACCCUGCAUUACAAAAACACACUACUUCAAGAAAAUCAUCUGUGCAUUUGCAACAGCAGCCACAGCAGCAGCAGCAAUUUACCGGUUUCUUUGAACAAAAUCUAACUGCAUUCGAACUUUGGUUAAAAUAUAUGUCAAAUGUUCGUAACCCCCCGGAACAAUUACCCAUUGUUUUACAAGUUUUGUUAUCGCAAGUACAUCGUAUUCGCGCAUUAGUACUAUUAUCCAGGUUUCUUGACUUGGGACCCUGGGCUGUUUACCUUUCUCUUUCGAUUGGAAUAUUCCCUUACGUGCUAAAAUUAUUACAGAGUCCGGCUCCAGAACUGAAACCUAUUCUAGUUUUUAUUUGGGCAAGGAUAAUGUGUAUAGACUACAAAAACACACAAACUGAGCUCAUCAAGGAAAAGGGGUACAUGUAUUUUGUCAAUGUGAUUGUACCGGACUUUGGUUUACUGAGCAGUUCCGCUGGAAGUGCAUCCUCAUUCAAUAACAACAAUCCAUUGACCAUGGCAACCCCUACUAAUACGAAAUUUAUGAGACAAGAUCACCCUUACACUCAGCAAUUCAACGGUCAGCUAUAUCAUUCGAACGAUACCACAGAUGAACAAAAGGCUAUGGCUGUGUUCGUUUUGUCAUCCUUUGUUAGAGAUUUCCCUUUGGGACAAAAGUACUGCUUUACGAUUGAGUUGGUUAAUAAAUUGUGUUAUUACACUUCCAAUUCGGAUAUUCCUCUAUUGAGGCAAUGGUCUAUUAUUUUACUAGGCUUAUUGUACAUUGACAAUCCUUUGCAUAAAUGGGUUGUGAUGAAUCUUGGUGUGUUUAAUCAGCUACUAGCUUCGCUGAACGACCCCGUACCUGAAGUGAGAACAGCCACUGUCAUGACUCUAAAACAUUUCAUAUCCAGUGCAGAUGAUACAGAUAACAUUUUAAGGUUGCAACAGGAUUUUGAAAAACAGUAUCAACAGUUGCAAGUGCCAUUGCAACAAGUUUUGAACAGUUUACACCAAAGGCAAAAUCAGCAGCAGCAACAGCAUUUGGAACAACAACAGGUAAAACUAGAGCAGCAACUGGCCACUUGCCAAAUCAUGCAGAACCAACUAGAAAAUAUUGAUUUAAAAAGAUUAAAAGGUCAAGAAAUCAACAUACUAGUGGCCGUGUUACCACUAAUUGAUGAUGGUUCUUCUUUGGUCAGAAAAGAAGUAAUCAUUUAUUUCUCUCAAUUGGUAUACAGAUAUUCUUCCUUUUUCCUUGUUGUUGCGUUUAACGAACUCACGGAGGAUAUGGUACAACUCGAGGGUCUUGAUGCUGAUAGCGUGAAAAUGACGGAGACACAGUCAGUUAGUCACGGUUCCAUUUUUAGCACUGUUUGGAAGGCGUUGCUGAUUUUGUCAAGUGAUCCAUACUUGGAAAAUAGACAUCUGGCGGAAAAAGUGGUAGACUACAUCUUGUUAGAGCUGAGCAGCCAUAAAGAUCUUUGCGAACCUUUCACAAGACUAGAACGCUAUCUGUAUCAGAAGAACUCCAAACUGAACUCUGCCAAUAGAAUGGGAUUUAGUUCGAACCCUGUCCAAGCAGCGAAACCAAAAAUGACAUCAUUCGGGAAUAACAGCACGAAAAAAAAUACGCGAGAGGAUGAUAAUGCGAGUCUUAAAUCUGGGUUAUCGUUGGGUGCCUUAUUUAGAAAUUUGGGUUUCAACGAAAACAGGCCAACGAACUUCGACAAUGACUCCUCUAAGAGCAAAAAGAAUAAAACUAACACACCAAUUUCAUUACUAGGUACAUCGCAUGGCACAUCUUUUGUUCCACCUACUCCUCGAUAUAAGAAAAUUACAGAGCCUCCUAAAUUACCAUUCCAAAGUACGUUUCUAGACUAUUGUCGGGAGUACUUUCAAGAGCCCCAAAUGAGGAAACCAGAAGCAGAUGAGGUGGGUAGUGUUGAAUAUAAUGCAAAGGUAUGGCGCCGAAACAGGAACGAGAACAUUAUAAACGAGACGCAAAGACAGAAAAAACUUUCGUUGUGUGGUGAUUGGUCAAACAAGUUAGUGACGUUUGAUAACAAGACACAGCCGAAGCUAUUGAGAUUUACACAAUUUGAAGAUCAUGUAGCUGUUGCAGAUGAUAGAGACAAUAUUACUUUGUUUGAUUGGGAUGAGAAUAAGAUGCUGUCGCGGUUUUCGAACAGCAAUCCGUUUGGUACAAAAAUUACAGAUUUGAAAUUUAUAAAUGAAGAUGACUCCACUUUACUGAUGACUGGUUCAUCAGAUGGAAUCAUAAAAAUUUUCAAGGAUAUAAACUCCAAUAGUAGUGUGGAACUGAUUGCAGCUUGGAGGGGCCUAACUGAAAUGCUGCUAACCCCUCGAUCUAAUGGGCUUCUGACAGAGUGGCAUCAGAUGAGGGGUGCCUUGUUGGCUACUGGUGAUGUGAAGAUUAUUCGUAUAUGGGACGCUCAUACAGAAACCGUUGAAGUUGAUAUUCCGGCCAAAACGUCAUCCCUGGUGACCUCGCUGACUUCUGAUCAACUUGCCGGUAAUAUAUUUGUUGCUGGUUUUGCGGAUGGGACUUUGAGAGUGUAUGACAGGCGUAUAGAUGCAAGAGACUCUAUGGUUCGUAGAUGGAGAUCAGCAAGUACAGGCAGGGCAAAUUGCUGGAUCAACAAUGUUCACAUGCAAAGAGGCGGCUACAGAGAAUUGGUGAGUGGAACUUCGAAUGGUGUAGUGGAAUUAUGGGACAUCAGACAUCAAGAUGCGGUUCACAGCUUUGUCGAUGAGAAUGAGAAUUCGCAUCAGACUGGCGACCAUAAGCAAAAUACAACUACGCUAACCUCAUUGCAAGUACACGAGCACGCACCAAUCAUUGCUACAAGCAGUAAACAGAUAAAAAUAUGGACCACUUCAGGUGACCUUCUAACAAACUUUAGAAAUGCACAAAACUCCCUGGGGCAUAACGUUGCCAAUACAUUGGCAGCAACAGGUAUAACUUCCUACUCGUCAAACUCAUUCAUAUCUAGCAUGACCUUCCAUCCUCACAGGAUGAUGUUAGCGGCGUCCAAUUCGCAUGAUUCUCAUGUUAAUAUUUAUAAGUGUGUCAACCCCACGCUGAAUCAAAUUUAUUAG